AUGUCUUCCAAACGCAAAGCUAGUAAACUCGGAGAGCAAACUCGAGAAAAGAGAAUUCGGAAAUUCAUGCCUGCGGAAACUCCUCAAGACUCGGAGUGGCCUGAAUAUUUUCAUCUAGCAUUAAAUACCGUCCUUGCAUUCGUCACUUCGAGAAGGCAACUCGCCACUUCCUUUCACACCAUACGUUCGUCUGUAGAGAACAUCACUAAAGAGCCAAUUGACAUUAGUAAAAUUGCAGAGCUGAAAGCGCUUCUUCCCGAUAUCAUACGUUUCGCAUAUGUUCCAAGUUCUUCCAUCCGCGUCAACCUCCCUUCAGCUCACAAUGAACCUGAUUUCUCCUCUGAAUGUCUAAAACGUGCAACGUCAGUUGCAGAUGAGGAUGAGAAUGUGCUGACUUUAGAAUUCGCUGAAUUCUGGGGAGGUGGUCAAACGAAACAAUCUUCUACUCUCGCCCAAUCACGAACACCUGCAGCUACCAAGAAGCUUGUCGAAAGGCGCAAUGAAAGAUUCAUGAAAGCCGUCGAAGAAUUGAUAUCAGCCGCAUCUCCUUCAGAGGAUCCCGUUUCGCUACUAAAAACGGCUGCAAGAGAACAUAUCCCCGUCCAACCUGGAGCCCUGGCUCAAUCAUCUUCGUCCAUGCUAGAGGAUUCGAUCCAUAUCGCCAUUCCUGAACCAGAACAUAGACCAUCCGUGGAUGAAAUCGUAGAGGAGAUCAAGAACCAAGUUUGGUUCAAAAACCAAAUCAUCGAGCAACGGACUGUCGAGCCAAAACAGGGGAACCUCCGUGAAAUCGAGUUAUCGGACAACAUCCGACAAGCACUUGAAAGCUCGCGAGGGAUUAGUUCGUUGUACAGUCAUCAAGUGUCUUCUAUUGAAGCUCUUUCUCGAGGUCGACAUGUGAUCGUAUCUACCAGUACGGCUUCAGGAAAGACGGUCAUCUACCAAGCUCCCUUGUUACAGUUCUUAGAAGACGAUCCUUCGUCUACCGCGAUAUUCGUAUAUCCCACUAAAGCUUUGGCACAGGAUCAAAAGGCCUCUUUGGAGAACCUUUUGAGUGCAUGUCCAGGGCUUGAACAUAUCCAGGUCGCCACUUAUGAUGGUGACACACCAACUGAGAACCGGCGAAAGAUACGAGAAACGGCUUCGGUUAUCUUUACUAAUUUUGAUAUGAUACAUGCCGCGAUUCUUCCUUACGAAGAAUACUGGAGAAGAUUUCUGAAAUCUCUCAACCUCUUCGUCGUGGACGAGUUGCAUUACUACUCUGGAACCUUGGGAAGCCACAUAGCCAUGAUCACGAGACGCUUUCGACGUCUAUGCGCUGCAGUUGGAAACAGGCGAGUCAAAUUUGUCUCCUGUAGCGCCACAAUCGCGAACCCCAAACGACACAUGGAGACGAUCUUCGGCGUCGAACCUGAGGAAGUUGAAGCUGUUGUUGAAGAUGGUGCGCCGAGUGGUGCGAAGAAACUCAUCAUCUGGAGACCCCCCUAUGUCGAUGAGAUGGAGACUGCGAUGGGAAGGGUUGGUGCAUUACAGGAGGCUACGGGGUUGAUGAGGUUUUUGAUGAAGAGAGGGUUGAGGGUUAUUUUGUUUUGUAAGCAUCGGAAAGUUUGUGAGCUGGUGAUGAAAACUCUCCGCACAGAGUUGACUGCCGAAGGAAGACAUGAUAUCCUGGAACGAGUUCAGGCAUACCGGGGAGGUUAUAGCAUUCAGGACCGACGAAAAAUAGAGCACGACGCGUUUACAGGCCAACUUGUUGGUAUCGUUGCCACGAACGCUUUAGAACUCGGAGUUGAUAUCGGGGUUCUCGAUGCGGUUUUGAUGCUUGGGUUUCCUAUUACUCUUGCUAGUUUCAAACAACAAGCAGGUAGAGCAGGACGAAGGCGGAAAGAUUCGCUUGUGGUUUUCGUUGCUCAGAAUUUACCUGUGGAUCAAUAUUACGCUGAGAAUCCUGGGGAGUUGCUGGAUGGGCAAACGGAUGAUUUAGUCAUUGAUCUGGAGAGUGAAGAGAUUUUGGAAGCUCACCUACAAUGCGCUGCGUACGAAAUGCCCAUUUCACUCGAAGACGAGCGGUAUUUCGGUCCGUUGAUGCGGGAGAUAUGUGAAAGUAAGCUUGUUAAAGACAACGAUAACUGGUAUCACACUCAUCCGAGAUGUUUGCCUUCACCGUCCAAGUUGGUCUCAAUUCGGGGUACCAUGGAAGUCAAAUACGUUUUGGUAGACGUUACGAGCACAACGCGAAAGAUUUUAGAAGAAAUAGAGAUCUCUCGUGCAUUGUUUGAGGUUUACGAAGGUGGAGUUUUUCUCCAUCAAGGGAAAACUUUCAUUGUUAAAGAGAUCAGUCACGAUUCGAGGAUUGCUAGUUUGAUGCAAGCGGAUGUGAAUUGGAUUACCACUCCCAGGGACUUUACCGAUGUUAAUGCACUUCAAACAUCUCGUAUUCGGGAAAUACGAGGUUCUCCCCAUCGUGCUUAUUACGGCAAGAUUGAAGUUCGGUGUCAAGUAUUUGGUUUCUACAAAAUGCGCGGCACCGUAGUCCUCGAUGUCAUAGACCUAGAAAACGAUCCAUGGGAACAGACCACAACAGGUCUCUGGCUCGAUGUUCCGGACAACGUGUUAUUUCUACUUCGUGAAAAACUGAUUAAACCUGCUUCCGCGAUUCACUCGGCAUCGCAUGCUUUGCUCAAUCAGUUUGCCUUAUCGCAGGAUUUGAGAACGGAGUGUAAGGCGAAAGAGAAAGAGUAUUUGAAGAAGGAGUCGAGAAGGAAACGGCCUGCUAGGGUCAUGAUAUACGAUACUGUUGGGCACUCUGGGAUUGCUGCGAAAGCUUUUGAUCAUGUGAACAACUUGCUCAAUAAGGCGCGAAAUGCAAUCGAGACCUGUGGCUGUUCCGAAGGGUGCACGAAAUGCGUUCUAAGUCCCGGUUGCAGGGAAGCAAACAAAGUCAACUCAAAAGCCGGUGCUCUGGCUGUUCUGAAAGGUAUCUUGAAUGUGUACAUCGAUCCAGACACUAUUCCUUUUGAAACCGACGAGAGAGCGCUGGGUGGCCACGAUUCGAUUGUCUAUGCUUCUCCAGUUCAUUCGAGAGCGAACAUUUCGAUAGAGUCGGAAUCGACUACUACGUAA